AUGGAUGAAAACUUAUCUGCUGCCACUGUAAUGGACUCCACAGCCUCUAAGAUACAACAACUUCAGAAAGCAUUCGCUGAGCUGGAAAGCCACCGAGCCAUCACUAUGAAUUUGAAAUGGGAACAGCUCGAGGAACAUUUUCACGGGCUCCAAAAAUCUCUGAAGAGACGUUUCACCGAACUCGAAGAACAAGAGAAGGACUUUGAAACCAAAAUAUUCGAAUCCAAAGAGAUUCUGGAAAAACGUAAAGCAGCAGUUGCGGCUAAGGAGCAAACUUCGCUCGAGAGGCUUCAAGAGAAACGAGAUGCUGCAGUCUCGUCCAUUUUAAGUGCCAUGGGGAAGCACGAGAAGCCCGAUUCUCUGGAGAAUCGAGUCGAGCCGCAAGUUCUUGAGGAAAAGACACCUAACAAACUAAAACCUGCUGAAAUUACGAAUAUCGAGGUGAAGUCUUAUCCGGAGCUGGUGAAAUUGUGCCGAGAGAUGAACUCCGAGGGACUUCAUAAAUUUAUAUCUGUCAACCGUAAGGAUCUUGUUACUUUAAGAGAUGAAAUUCCUGUUGCUUUGAAGGCUGCUGCUGAUCCUUUCUCUCUCGUGUUAAACUCGCUCGAGGGUUUUUACGGAGUCGACGUGCAAAACUCGGAUUCUAAAAAGGAUUCAAAUCUCUUAGGCGUUCGCCGAACGUGCAUUAUGCUGAUGGAAUGCCUCAGCAGUUUAUUCUCGAAUGUGAAUGCAGACUCACUUUCUAAUAUUAUAUCGGAUAAUUGUAAGGAGAGGGCAAAAGCUUUUGCCGAAGAGUGGAAACCGAAGUUGGAUUAUCUUGAUGUUGAUGCUAGCAAUGGGAAUUCAUUGGAGGCCCAUGCAUUUUUACAGCUUUUGGCUACUUUCGGUAUUAAUUCGGAUUUUGACCAGGAUUGCUUGUCCAAAUUAAUACCCAUGGUGUCCCGCCGUCGGCAAACAGCUGAAUUGUGCCGUUAUCUUGGCUUGUCAGACAAAAUGCCAGGUGUGAUUGAUGUGUUGGUGAGGAAUGGAAGACAGAUUGAUGCUGUAAAUUUAGCUUUUGCUUUUCAACUUACCGAUCAAUUUUCACCUGUUGCAUUACUGAAAUCCUACGUGUCUGAGGCAAAAAAAGUGCCAUCUUCCACAAAACCUGGAAAUACAUCGCCUAGUGCCUCUCCACAGGCAACCCAAAAUGAAGUGAACGAGAAAGAACUAUCUGCACUCAAAGCUGUGAUCAGGUGCAUCGAGGAUCACAAAAUCGAGCAUCAGUUUCCCGUGGGCCCACUCCACAAACAGGUGGCUGGGAUCGAGAAGGCAAAGGCGGACAAGAAACGGGCCACAGAAGUUUCCAAGCCACAGCCCAAAAGGCCCCGUGCAAAUGCCAUAGCCCAUCACGCGCCUCGGGCUUAUAAUGAGAAGAAUAACAACUACAGGUACCCUCCACAGCAUUACAUUUACGAGAGGCCGUAUGUAUAUCCGGGGCAUGUGGGCCCGCCUGCAGCCUAUAAUAGCUUCUCCCCGGGACAUGUUAACUUCUUUGGGAACGGCGGUUAUCAGUAUCAAACCGCGUACUUGCACUAA